CGUGCGUUUCACAGCAGUGGAAGUCUUCACACCCGGAAAUUCGACUUUGGCCGUUUCUCCAUUUCUCCUUACGCACUGUCUUUCCUUGGGCCCUCGUCACUCCUGGCACCGGGGGAAGGGCUUCCCCGACUCUGGCCGGGCGCUGGGGCGCGACCGAAGGCGAGGCGGCGGCGAGGAACCUUCUGGAAUUCGGCCGUCGGGGCAGACGUCGAGUUUACAGGAGAAGGCGCGGUGUCCCGGGAUGAGCGGAGUCGCCCUCAGUUAAGGAGAGAGGGAGGCCUCGGGGGUCCCCAGCCGGUUUUAGGCUAUGCUUCAGUGUCUUUGUUUGAACGUUAUAUAAUUGAUGAUCCCAAAGCUUUCUACAUAUUGGCAGGAAUUGUUUUUGACCACAGCGUCAAUGACAGCAAUGGAUCUUUGCCACUUGCGGUUAAGUAUCAAUUGCGCUUCAGUUACUUUCAGAAGAAUUUUAUACCGGGGAAGAAUAUAUUUUUUCAAGAUGACAUAGAAGGCUGGUGCACAUCCUUUCUUUACCCUCCCAAUCCACGCCAAGAACCCCAGGAAUUUCCAUUUGCUGAUGGGGGAAGUCCUGGAUACAACAAAGAAGGCUUCCUGGCCAUACAGUAUGCUGUGGAUAAAGCCAUCAUGUGGUACCAUGCUCAGAAUGCAAUGACCAACAUGUUUGAGAAUCUCAAUAUACUUGUGAAGAGAUUCCCAUAUGGACCCUAUAUCGAGGACAGGUUCUUCCUAGCCCUUCAGAAUGAGUUUUCUGUGUUCUUCGUACUCAGCUUCAUGUGCAUUGAGCUCAUCAUCAUUAGUUCCAUUGUACUGGAGAAAGAGAAAAGACUGAAGGAUUACAUGUGCGUGAUGGGACUGGAAAGCUGGUUACACUGGGUUGCUUGGUUCAUCACGUUCUUCAUUUCUGUCUUCAUUGCUGUUUCUUUCAUGACCAUUCUCUUCCGCACAGAGGUGAAAAAUGUGGCAAUGCUUAAGAACAGUGACCCUAGUCUGAUAUUUGUUUUUCUAAUGUGUUUUGCCAUUGCCACAAUUUUCUUUGCAUUCAUGAUCAGCACAUUCUUCCAAAGAGUUUCCCACAUCCGCCUCCAUAGCCCUGAUGCUCCUCAUACAUGGCUGAUGCUCUCUCCACUGAAGGCAUUUGAGGAGCAGCAAAAUAGUGAAGCUGUGUCAGAGGUGCCUUUGGCCACCCCUCUGCUGAAGGGCCUGUCACGUCAGAAGUGCCCUGAAGAAGUCAAGCAGAUGCUGCACAUCAUUGGCCUGGAGGACAAGUGGAACUCACGGAGCCGCUUCCUGAGCGGGGGCACGAGGCGCAAGCUCUCCAUCGGCAUCGCCCUCAUCGCAGGCUCCAAGGUGCGGCGGUUUGAAUCUCUAUUUACUGACUUGGAACUGAGGCAGGGAGAGCUGGGCAUCUCCAGCUUUGGGGCCUCUGUCAUGACCAUGGAGGAUGUCUUCAUAAGGGUUUGUAUGUUGGCAGAUGCCAGUACAGCUGUCCCAAACAUCAAACAUCCCUCUAUCCAUCCCCAGCUGCUUAGCAGAAUUCCUGUUGACAGAAUUAAACAUCUUCAUUCGAGGACCUUCUCAGUAUGGACUGGGCUGCCAAUCACACCAGACACUGGGUUCAGUCUUCUCUGCCAACAAUUUUAUGCCAUGCUCCUGAAAAAGGUCACAUAUUCUUAACACAACUGGAUGUUGAUGUUAUCAGUACAGAUCCUGGUCCCUCUGGUGAUCAUCAUGUUAAGCCUCACGUUCUUCAGCUUCAAAGAAAGAAGCAUAGAAAAUGUCCCAUUGGAGCUGACUCUGAAAACAUAUGGUCAGACCAUUGUUCCUUUCUUUAUUUCUCAGAAUUCCAGGCUGGAUCCUCAACUUUCAGAACGCUUUGCAAAUAUGCUUAUGGUUGAGGGACAGAUUCCUCUGGAGGUCCUAGGUUCUGUAGAUGAGUUCCUCUUGAAAAAGGCAAAAGAGGAGCCUGAGGACUUUGACAAGCUCUACUUAGUGGCAGCUUCCUUUGAAGAUGUGGGAAAUCACACCAUAGUGACAGCGCUGUUCAGCAACCAGGCAUACCAUUCUUCUGCUCUGGCUCUGGCGCUACUGGACAAUUUUCUCUUGAAGUUGCUUUCUGGUGCCAGGGCUUCCAUUACCGUAGCCAACCACCCUCAACCUCAGUCAGCCAUGGAGGAUUCAGAGAAUUUCCUGUAUCAGGAACCUAAAGGACAUUACCGUGUUAUCAACUUGCUUUUUGGAUUAGCUUUCCUGUCUAGCUCUUUUUCCAUGUUGACAGUCAGAGAGAGGCGCGUUAAGGCCAAGCUUGUCCAGUUUAUCAAUGGAGUUUAUGUGGCCACUUUCUGGCUCUCCACUCUGCUACGGGACCUCAUCUCCUUCCUCAUCCCCCGUCUGCUGCUGGUGGUGGUGUUUUUAUACUAUGGUGAAGAAGCUUUUACACACAAUGAAAAUGUCCUGACCGUUAUCCUGAUGUUAAUGCUCUAUGGCGUGGCUAUCAUCCCCUUCAUCUACUUGGUCAGCUUCUCUUUCACUAACGCUGGCAACGCCUGUGUCAAGCUGACCAUCAUGCUCACCUUCCUCAGCAUCUGCCCCAUCAGCCUUGUCUCAGUCACAGGUGAACCAGCUGAGGACUACACAGCACACAGCACAUAUAGCUUUGAUUUUCCCUCCAGCAGCCUCCAAAGUUGUACCCAGGAAAGUCCGUGUCUACUAAAAACCUGUGAGGGAGUGUCCACAGCAGCUGUUGUAUGGCGGUGGAUUGGUUACUGUCCUCAGUUUGAUGCUCUGCUGAACUUCAUGACAGGCCAUGAGAUGCUGGUCAUGUAUGCCCAGAUCGGGGGCAUCCCAGAGCACCCCAUCAGUGCUUGUGUGGACCAGAUUCUUGAGGAUUUGGUCAUGUACAUGUACGCCGACAAGCUGGUCAAGACCUACAGCAUGGAGGAGUGUGAGGCCCUGUGCAGCCGGCUGGCCAUCAUGGUGCAGGGGCAGUUCAAGUGCCUGGGCAGUCCCCAGCACCUCAAGAGCAAGUUCAGCAGUGGCUACUCCCUGCGGGCCAAGGUGAAGAGUGAAGGGCAGCAGGAGGUGCUGGAGGAGUUCAAGGCCUUCGUGGACCUGACCUUUCCAGGCAGCGUCCUUGAAGACAAGCACCAAGGCAUGGUCCAUUACCACCUGCUGGGCUGUGACCUCAGCUGGGCGAAGGUGUUUGGCACUCUGGAGCAAGCCAAGAAGAAGUACAUGCUGGAUGACUACUCAGUCAGUCAGGUCACCAUGGAGGACGUCUUCCUGAGCUUCGCCUGCCCUGUGCCCCUGGUCCAAAGUGAAGACCAAUGAGAGCAAGCAGAGCAGGCGGGCUCCUCGUCGUGCUCGCUGCCUCCUUCCCUGCCUCCCUCUCGGCUUUCCUCUCAGUCUCCCUCCCUGCCUCCGUCUCAGCUUUUCUCUCCGCCUCCCUCCCUGCCUCCCUCAGAGCCUGUCGUGCUGUAAUAAGGACAGACCAGUGCCAGGUUGGCCCAGGUGUGCAUGGCCUGCCCUGGGUUUCCAGGGGUUACAGAGGCAGCUCUCGGCCCAGCUAGCUCAGCACAGGGCUGUCCCCCUAACUGCAGUGCAUGGAGCAGAGUGGGGCCCACUGGAGAACUUAAGAGGCCCGCUGGAGAACCCAGGUGCGUUUCCUUAGAAAGGGAUGCCCAAGUCCCACCUGAGUAGCCUGUGGUCUUAUUGAGACCUGGCUGUGGAAGCAGCCUCAGAACAUCUUGCAUGUCCUUUCCAAGGGCGGUGGCCAGGGGGUGACCACAGUACUAACCAUGACCCGACCGGGUACCAGCUCUGUGGUUGGUCACCUGCAGGCAUUGCGUCAUUUGAUCACACCACCCUCAGGCCCGGCCUCAAGGGGUCUGUCCUGGUCAUCCCCUUGCUCAUGGGCAAGAAGUCUGCACGGCAGAGGGAAAUGCUCACCCAAAGCUUGCGCUCUUCCUUCUCUAGAAUCCCCUGCCCAGAUGGUUUGUCCAUCCAGUGCACUCCCUCCCAGGGCAGGCCAUGCUGCCCAACGCACCCUGAGAUGCGAGAUGCAGCAAAGCAGUGGCUCUGCAGAACUGCGGGUAGAGUUUGGAUGGGUGCGUGGAGGUUUCCACACAUGUGUGCAGAUCCCUUGGAAAGCAGGAUAGAGCCAGAAACAGAGAGGAGGGUGCCCGUAGGCCGGUGGGGGCUGGCUCCCAUGGUCACAUGCAAGAGUGAAGCUUCAUGGAGACCAUGAUUCGAAACUCACACCUGGCCUCACAGGUGGUAAUGUCACUGUUCUUCUGAAGGAAGGAGGAAAUAAAUAUUGACAAGUUUGC